AUGAUAAAAAUAUUUCAUGAUGGCAUCAUAAUUGCUACUAAAGAUAAAAUUUUAUAUCAUAAUGAACAAGCUCUCAGUAUUUUUGGAAUCAAAGAGGAAGAAUUACAGUCUUCAAGGUAUAGUAACAGUGGUGCUAGAGCCAGAUUGAACUAAGAAUUGGGCUAGUAAUAAGAUAUUGAAUAGAUUCCUAAAUUCCUUAUUGAUUAGAUGAAAGAGACCAUAAUUGAUAAUAUAGAAUGCAAAAAUAUGGGAAUAAAUAUCUAACAAAUGUACAGAUUUGAAUUUAAAAAUCUGUGGAACUACCUUGAACACAAAUUUUAGGGCAAUAGAUUUAAUAAUCUUGACUCAGAGGUCAGUAAUAUUGAUGGGGUUCCAUUUCUUAUUGCUUUGAGAGAUAUGACUACUUGGAUAGAGUUUGAACGCCAGGAAAACCUGAAUAAAAUGAAAACAGUAUUGUUUGCUUAGGCUGCUCAUGAAUUCAGGAAUCCUUUGAAUGGAAUAAUAUCAUCUAUAGACAUUUUGCAUGAUAAAGUCAAUCAUGAGACUGGGGGAAAGUACUAUUAAAUUGCAAAAAACUGUGCAAACCUUAUGCUAUUCCUAGUUAAUGACAUUUUAGAUUUUGCCUAGACUGAACAAAAAAAGCUUGUCUUAAAUAUCGAGAGAUUCAAAAUUAAGGACUUAAUUGAGCAAUGCACUAAUAUAUUACAAUUUUCUGCAGAGCUGAAAGGACUAAAAAUAAUUCUGUCAUUAGAAAAUUCUGCACCAAUGUAUUUUACAACAGAUUAAAAUAGACUCAGAUAAAUUCUUAUAAACCUUCUUUCAAAUGCAAUUAAAUAUACACGAAAAGGCUUUAUCAAGAUAAUAAUCAACUCUACUGAGAAGCAAACACUUUAGAUACAAGUGGUAGAUACAGGAGUAGGAAUUAGCGAAGAAAAAAUAAAAACUUUAUUUUCAAUUUUUACAAAAAUUAUGGAAGACAGAGAAUUAAAUAAAUAGGGUGUCGGUUUAGGUCUUUCUAUCAGCAAAAAGCUUGCCUAAGCUUUAGGAGGUGAUAUAACAGUAGAGUCAGAAAAAGAUGUCGGGUCAACAUUUAUAUUGCAAAUAAAAAAUUAGGAAGGCUAACUAAAGCCUUCAUUUUCAGGCUAGAGUAGCUCUUCUCAUCGUAGAGCUAUGAGAAAUAAUAAUAUGUAAUCUAACGGACAUUCUUAUUCAGUCAUUAAUAACCUAAGGAUUAAUUAUUUGAUGUCACCAUUAGACUUCCAUGAUUAAAUCGCGAGGAUUGACAGCGCAAAUUUUGAAUAAUUUAAUCCUCUAGUUCUUAUUGCUGAUGAUUAACCAUUUAAUCUUCUCUCUUUGGAAGGUUUGUUAGAAUAAUAAGGAGUUUAAGUUGAUAAAGCCUUCGAUGGAGAGUCAGCUUACCUAAAGGUCCUUUCUGAUUAAAAAAGGCGUUUUAAUACAGGAAGGGGUUAUAAAUUAAUUAUUCUUGAUAAUGAGAUGCCACUAAUGAGUGGACUAUAAGUCGCUAUUAAAAUUAGACAAGGAUAAAGAAAUGGAAUCAUUGAUAAACAUCUGAAACUUGCUCUUUCUUCUGGGGAAUCCUCUAAUGAAUUUACUAGGCUGCUCUUUAGUUUGAAUUAUGGCUAAGAUCCCUUUGAUUAUAAUAUCGGAAAGCCAGUUAAGUAGGAUAUAAUUAAAAAGAUGCUAUUAGAAUCAGGUUUGAAAAAAAGUUGA